UUUUAAACGUCAAAUAUUUACUCAAAUAAGACCACGUGAACGGAAGAACCAGAGUAAAGAUAAGAAGGAACUCAAUGGCGAAGGUUGCAGCGUUUGCCAAAAGCUCCAGAUGGUCACUUAAUGGUUUGGCCGCUCUUGUCACUGGCGGCACUUCUGGAAUUGGACAUGCAGUUGUAGAGGAGCUAGCUGGACUUGGUGCUAAAGUGUAUACAUGUUCGAAGACAGAAUCAGAACUAAAUGAACCAAUGCAAGACUGGGCAGACAGAGGAAUUCAAGUCAAAGGUUCAGCUUGUGAUGUAACUUGUAGAGAGCAAAGAGCUCAGCUCAUGGAUAAAGUUUCCUCUGCAUUCGAUGGAAAACUCAACAUUCUUAUAAACAAUGUUGGAACAAACAUUUGGAAGCCAUCUAUCGAAUAUACUGCCGAAGAUUAUUCCCAUAUGAUGGCUACCAAUUUAGAAUCUUCAUUCCAUCUCUCUCAACUUGCUCAUCCUCUUCUGAAAUCAUCUGGAGCUGGAAGUAUUGUUUUCACGUCCUCUGUUGCUGGUCUUGUCCACGUGUCCGGUACUUCUAUUUAUGGAGCAACAAAAGCUGCAAUGAUUCAACUUACACGAAAUUUGGCUUGUGAAUGGGGAGAAGAUGGUAUUCGGGUUAAUGCCGUUGCGCCAUGGUACACAAAGACACCACUCGUGAAAGAUGUUCUCAAGGAUAAAGCAUUUUUGGAUGAGUUAAUAGCAAGAACGCCUCUCCGGCGUCCAGGAGAAGUUGAGGAAGUUUCAUCCGUCGUGGCUUAUCUUUGUCUUCCUGGCGCUUCUUAUGUCACUGGCCAGGUUAUAGCCGUUGACGGAGGAUUCACUGUCUAUGGGUUCAAAUAGCCAGAGAACUGCUAUUUUCUCUUGUUCAGUGUUUUUUCACGUGUGAUGAUCCAGUUGAAACCAUCACAAAUAAAAAGUCUUGAUCAUAUCAGCAUGUUAGAUAUGAAGUGUUUUUAGUGUGUUAGAUGAACGCUAUUGUACUGAAGAUGUAACUUCAGAACACGCAUUAUAUCUUUUAGUGUCAAUUUUCAUAGAAUC